AUGUUCUCCCCUAGACAGGCAUUUUCACUUCAAUUGAAACCCAUGGGUUGUUAUCCUGGACCGUGGCCUAAACGAUCACGUACCACAAUGGUGGCCGAACACUUGACUCUUCGCAAUCUCACCUCCACGCCCAUUACCCUGAAGCGCAUUGAGCGCUUUCAUCCGCAUCAUGGUCAUAAUAUCCAACAUAUGGCUAGAAACUUCACCAGAGUCUUUACCAAUGUAACCCGCACCCGUGCGCCGGUGGCCGCGAUCACGGAUGACAACGAACCCUUUGUUCAUGAGGAUUUAGAUAUUCAUAUCGAACCUUUCCAGACAAUUCACACCGAGCUUCGCACAUUUAUAGACUCGGAUAAAGAGCGCGUGCGCUGGUUCUUCGAAGUGGAGGGAGAGAGGCAUCAAGUCCAGACUCCUGUGCCCACCUCGGAGUCCGCCACUAUGAAGGCAUUGUGCGACGAGCCUCGAUUCAAACUCACUGGUAUUUAUGUGACGCCCGAGUCCCAUCUAUCAAUCUACUCCUCCGCCAAUCUGAACGCGUGGAUGGGCGAGCUGAAGGACGACACUUUGCUCUCCUCUCUCUCGAUCCCAGGCACCCACAAUUCUCCUACCUGCCAUGUUGCGCCACCCUCCGUUCGCUGCCAAGCAGUCAGCCCACGGGAACAGCUCGAAAACGGUGUGCGAUUUUUUGACAUCCGUGUACAGCCCCAGUAUCCAGAAGAUGCUGACAAGGAUGAGCUUGCUUUGGUGCACAGCGUUUUCCCCAUCUCUUUAACGGGAAGCAAAUAUUUCCGUGACUUGAUGCGUGAAGUAAAUGAAUUUCUCGACCAGAAUCCGUCGGAGACCCUGAUCAUCUCCCUCAAACGAGAGGGACCUGGCGAGCACACCGACCAACAGCUCAGCCGGAUUCUCAGCGACCACUACGCACGUCCAGACAGUCGGUGGUACACAAACCCCAAGAUCCCCACUCUCGGCGAAGUGCGCGGUAAGGUCGUUCUUAUCCGUCGAUUCGACAUCUUGGACCAUCUCAAGGAUAUACAUGGGGGCGCAGGCUGGGGAAUCUGUGCCUCGGGCUGGGCCGACAACUGCUCCAACGCGACUUGCCCGAGUGGACAAUUAUGCAUCCAGGAUUUCUAUGAAGUCUUAGAGACAGAGAACAUUGGAGAAAAGAUUAAAUACGUGCAGGAGCAUUGCUUCCGAGCCGCUGAGACCUGUUAUCCGUUCGGCGUGCUUCCUGAUCACGAAGCAACCAAGGCACAUCCAUUCUAUAUCAACUUCUUGAGUGCGAGCAAUUUCUGGAAACUUGGCACUUGGCCGGAGAAGAUUGCAGGUAAGCUGAACCCGGCGGCAGUUGAUUAUCUCUGCCGGAAGCAUGGUGAAAAGGAUGACUGUGACUGGUCCACCGGUAUCCUUGUCACGGACUGGGUUGGCUUGGAUGGCGACUGGGAUCUUGUGCGAUGCAUCGUGGGCAUGAAUGCUCGGUUGAAACUGAGGCAAGACAGACAUGAAGGAGACAACUAA